AUGGAGUACUCUUAUUUGGGACAAAACAGUUUCGAUACCAAUUGCGGCAUACCCGGAAUGGAAAAUCCUUUGGCCAGCUGUAAUAUACCUUGUACCUAUGGAGAUACAAACCCGUUCGGCCAAAUGGCUGCCCAGGGGUACAGAUACAAUGGGGUGCGAACCUUUCCCCCAAACCCUGCCAUUACCUCCGCUAGCUGUAGCAUGGUGCCUCGCCCCCGAGACCACUCUCAGCCUCCGGUGUUCCCGACUGCGUACCGACGAAUGCAUGAAAACCAGCAUAGGGAGACAUACAACGGUUUGUCGUAUAAGAUGUACCAACAUGGCCACCAUGAAAACGGUUUAAGUCCUGAAAAACGUAAGCAGCGACGGAUACGAACCACGUUCACCAGCGCACAACUCAAAGAACUAGAAAGAGCCUUCGCAGAGACACAUUACCCAGAUAUCUAUACCCGUGAGGAAAUAGCGAUGAAAACGGAUUUAACAGAAGCACGAGUACAGGUAUGGUUCCAAAACCGAAGAGCUAAGUUUCGCAAGGUUGAGAGGGCAAAGCAACAGCAACAACAGCAACAACAACCGACAACUGUGAAGCAAGAGCCGGGUAAUACAAGCAGCAACAACAACAACUCCAGCACAACAAACAACAACAACACCUCUUCCAACAGCUCCAAAGACAAGCAGAAACAAUCCGAGGAGAGCUCAAACAAAAGUCAAAACGAGACCUCAAAAUGGACAAGUGGAAUUACUGUAGGGAAAGGCACAUCGGGAAUGGCCAGUAAUCCAUCCCUUCCGGGACCCUACUCCAGUGUGCUGACAAAUCGCAGUGCUGAUUACCAAACGUCACCAUCCUUAGACAAAAGUGUUUCAUUGGCUGGCGGAAUAUUUUGA